UUCCUUAAGAAUGGAUGAGUGGCAUAUGAACCGGAGCAUCUCCAUAUGGAGCUUUAGGUCUGUGCGUUUGCUAGGCCACUCAUGAACAUCCAGAGUAUUGUCCCAAAGACACUAAUAUGAUUGAGACACUCUACAUUUCUGGCAUUUGGCAGAGGCCCUUAUCCAGAGCAACUUGUCUCAUUUUAUAUAACAGAGUUGCUCAGGGGCCCAGCACUGGCAGCAUGGUGGACCUGCUAUUCAAACUCAACCUUCUGACCAGUAACCCAAAACCUAACCACUAAGCUACCACAUACCUGCUCUGCACUCUUUAUUUUCAUUCUCACUUUAGAUUUUUCCCCCAAAUGUAAACCACGUGCUGAGAUGCCACCCCUUUAACACCAUGCUGCCGUAGUAUAAUGAGCAGUAGUAUUUUAUUUUGCCAUUAUUGUGAGACCUCAUGCACAGGGCAGGUGUGAGUCUUUCUAAAUCACCUCAGCUCAAAUAAACUGAAUAAUCACAUUAAACAUACCGGAGAGACGAUGAAGCGCGUGCCUGCGUCACCACGAGCAACCAUGCGCGCGCAAGGGAGAGAGACCAGGCCAUUGACUGGUUAGAUGCGGGGAGGAGUGUGAGAGUGUGUGCGCGCGCACGCGUGUGUUGUUUAUUUAUUAUGAGACGCAGUUCAGUUCAUCCUACACGACGGUCCGUUCAGAGGAAACUCUGUCCCCUGCUGUGAGUCAGACUGAAGCUGAGAGUGAGAUGUAGACUUUUCACCUUGCCACCAUGCACAUGAAUAAUCUGCUGAAUAGCUGGAAUGAAAUCACAGGUGUAUCUGAUGUGGGCGUGUCCCCCGAGCCUGGCAGACCCACCCUCCUCAGUGAGUGUACAGAUACGUACUGUCAGGCCGAGAGCCAGAGCUGCCUUCGUACCCGUGUCUGCAAACUGCACUUCUGGGAGGAUUUCAGCACCGAGCUCAUAGGGAGUGGCUUUUUCUCUAAAGUCUACAAGGUGAUGCAUAACACCACAGCGAAGGUGAUGGUGGUGAAGGUUUACAAGAACGACGUGGAUCAGGAAAGCAUCAUGAGGGAGAUCAGCCUCCUGCAGAAACUCUCACACCCCAAUGUGGUGAAGUAUCUGGGGAUUUGUGUCCAAGAGAAUAAGCUACACCCGAUCCUCGAGUAUGUAAGCGGCGGCUGUCUGGAGGAGCUCUUGGCAAGCAGUGACAUCUCACUGUGUUGGAGAGAGAAAGUUGAACUGGCCUGUGACAUCUGCAGAGGAAUGACGUACCUCCACUCCAGGAACAUCUACCAUAGAGACCUGAACUCUAAGAACUGCCUGAUCCGAGUCACAGCACAGGGCAGAGAGGCAGUGGUGACAGAUUUCGGCCUCGCCCGAGAGGUGGUGGAGCUUCCUGUCAACAGUCCUGACAGAAAGAUGUCCUUGGUGGGUUCUGCAUUCUGGAUGGCCCCCGAGAUGCUGAGAGGGGAACCGUAUGACCGCAAGGUGGACGUUUUCUCCUUUGGGAUCAUGCUGUGUGAGAUUCUGGCUAGAAUUCCUGCUGACCCGGAAAUUUUGCCAAGAACACAGGACUUUGGUCUGGAUGUGGUGGCAUUCAGUGAGCUGGUACUGGGAUGUCCACAGAAAGUUCUGGAGCUCUCAGCCAACUGCUGUCAGAUGGACGCAUAUCGGCGGCCAUCCUUUGCUGACCUACUGGAAAAGCUAGAGGAUGUUGCAGAGAGUCUGGAGUCUCUAGAUUGCCCCCUGACCUCAGGAUGAUCUCGGACCUCAGGUUUACAGACAUUACAGACGUGCAGUGAUAGACAGGACCAGGCUUUUAAACCUGUCAGUGAUGGAUGUUGAUUCUGCGAGUGAAGUGUAUGCAGCGUGCUUUCAUCUAUCUUUGAGGACUUGUGUGUUUAAGGAACCGGACCAAUACGCCAUUCCUCCUGCAGACUAAUCAGGGUUUACUGCAGGAGGCUGGAAUUAAAGUGACUGAACUAGUAUUUAUGUUCAAAUGUUUCAGUGACUGAUUUGAUUGUGUGGGUGGGCGUAACCUUGAACAGUUCACCCGUCUUGUAUGAUUCAAACACGAACACAUGAUCCUGUGAGGUGAAGGCUAAUAAAAACACUUUUGACAGUCCUGUUAACUCUUUUCCCCCCCAGCUGAAAUGAUGUACUUCUUGUAAGUUACCUCUUUUAAGGAGAAGUGCGUAACUGAGCAGCUCUGCUUCAAAUUGGGGUGGAGCUUAUUUCAGGCCCAUCCUGAAAUGAAGAAACAAGUAAGAUCUGUUAAUUGCAGUGAACUGUGAUCAUUAUGAUCCUUCUCUAAAGAUUUCAAUGUAAUGUUUAACAUACUCUAUUAUAGUUUGAACCAUCUUCAAGAGGGUGCAGAAAUUUGUUCAGACAAAGUAUUAAAUAAUGGCUGAAAUCUCCAGGCACUCAGUGAUGAAACAGCAAGUAAACCAUCAGUGUGUGAUUUCAAACACUGUUUCUUAAAGACUAGUUUCACUGUGAUUACCACCAGGAGGUGCCAGAGUCUGCAACACACACACACACACACACACACACACACACACACACCCCCCAAUGCUGCCUUCAGAACGGAAUUGAAACUCUGCUGGUUUACAUCAGAUUUCUCGCAUCACACAUUUUUCUAUUUCGUGAGCUCAAGUCAUCUAAUGAACAUUUUUCAUGUUUUGCGUCUCUCAUGUUUUCAAGUUGAAUUUUCUCUGAUUCUUCACGUUGUCCUGCCGAGUAAUACUGCUGUAAAUGUCCUUCUCUAGCCAGACUCCAUCUUACACUUUCUCAAUAAUUUACACAUCACCCCCUUUUUGUUGCAGCUACUGUUUCCAUGGUAACCAAGACUUUUUCUUGUUCCGAAUGCUGUUAUUUCACUGUUUACCCUUCUGCACUGUUCAGGUGAAAAUAGCCUUUUUUGACCAAAUGUGGAACAAAAUCCGUAACCCAGAAUGAUUUCAGUAACAGCUAUGAUCAAAAAGACGAUUACUGUUAGAACGGCGCUGAGGAGCGAGGGUGUAAGAAAUAAAUAAUACAUGGUUGGUUUUUUUCAGUUAUUUCCAGUCCACACAUUUCUAUCAGGAGUGUUUCAUGUGUGUGUGUAAUCACUGGGAGUUUAACGUACAUGUGAUGAUUUACACUCACAAAAACUGGUAGCUGUAAAUUUCUAUUACUUGUUAGCUAUAUAGCUACAUACUGAGGCAUCAUAACUUAGUUCUCUAACUACAUUUAGAGUAAAGUUGUCCACAUGGCUGCUUGAUUUCCCUUGACACACAAAACACAUCCAAAAACAACCGGACGUUAUUUCUGAAAUCAAAAUAUUUAAUAGGUACAUAUCAAGUAUAAUACCAUGUAUAAAAUUUUGGGAUCACAAUAUGAAGCCAUGUUGCUGCUGAGGCAGGUUGUGCGUCAUUAGGUAAGUGUUUGCCACAUCAACAGAACUGAUGAUGAACAUAAACCAGGGAUUAAACACUAGAAAAAAAAAAAAAAAACAA